AUGAAUGACAGGCUUCGGCAAAAGGCUCUCGAUAUGCACAACUAUCGCAGAUCCAAUCUCGCUCAGGGUUCGGUCAGAAAGAAUAAUAUGAACCUUCUUCCAUCCGCAACAAACAUGAUAAGGCUGAGAUACGACUGCAGUUUGGAAUCGUCGGCCAGGCUCUCUGUAGAGAGAUGUACCGAAACACCAUACACAUCGCUUUCGAGUGACGUACAAGAAAAUAUUUAUGGUGUUCAAAAAUCAAUGGCCAUGUAUCGUAUUAAUGCUACUGUGCUUGUAAGUUAA